AAUGAGGAUUAUUCCGUUUUCUUACUAAAGAGAAGUCUUCUUCUCUCCAACACGUUGUAUACAAAUCAGCUUCGUAUUCACAAACAUUAAAAAUUAAUUAAUUAAUAAUUGAUUUAUUACCUAAAAAGCGCGUCUGUUAAUAAAAGAUUUAAAGACGUACAGAGUCUCCUAGAUCUUGCUUUGCUAAACAAAAUUCAAUCUUCAUUUCCUCCAGUUCGAUCCAUUUUUUAGGGUUUCAAUUCCGAAUCUUCGAAGGUGAAGGCCAGUUUUUAACUAAAGAAAUGGCGAAAGCAAGAUACUCUCGGCUUCCAGUUCGAAAAUCAUCUUCUUCAACACUGAUUCUAACUGUGCUCCUUAUGUUCACAUUUGUGAUUUUGAUUCUUCUAGCUCUUGGAAUUCUCUCUAUUCCUAGCAAUUCUGGCGAUUCCUCUCACAAAGCUCAUGAUCUCAGCACUAUCGUCCAUAAUAAACUCGAUAGGAGCGAAAGGGAUGAUGGUAAUAGAGAGCGCUGGGCUGAGGUGAUCUCGUGGGCGCCUCGAGCUUUUAUCUAUCAUAAUUUCUUGACAAAGGAGGAGUGCGACUAUUUGAUCAAUCUUGCGAAGCCUCAUAUGCAAAAGUCUACAGUUGUUGAUAGUGAAACUGGAAAGAGUAAAGAUAGCAGAGUACGAACAAGCUCUGGCACAUUCCUUGCUAGAGGUCGUGAUAAAAAGAUCAGAGAAAUUGAGAAAAGGAUUGCUGAUUUCACCUUCAUCCCUGUAGAGCAUGGGGAAGGACUCCAAGUUCUCCACUAUGAAGUUGGGCAAAAGUAUGAGCCUCAUUUUGACUAUUUCAAUGAUGAGUUCAAUACCAGGAAUGGUGGCCAGCGUAUAGCUACUCUUCUUAUGUACCUCUCUGAUGUUGAAGAAGGUGGUGAGACAGUGUUUCCUGCUGCUGAAGGGAAUGUUAGUGAUGUGCCUUGGUGGAAUGAGCUGUCUGAAUGUGGAAAAGGAGGGCUUUCUGUUAAACCGAAGAGGGGCGAUGCAUUGCUUUUCUGGAGUAUGAAACCUGACGCCUCUCUGGAUCCUUCAAGUUUACAUGGUGGUUGCGCUGUGAUUAAAGGGAAUAAGUGGUCAGCUACCAAGUGGAUGCGUGUGAAUGAGUAUCAAGCCUGAAGUAGAGCCCUAAAGGUGAUUCUCGGUUCCCAAAAUGUAGGAUUAACAAGACAAAAUAUCUCAACUGUAAUUUGCCCCUCCUGAAAGAGAGCUCCUUGAUUAACGGGCUUUGAGUCGAUCCGUAAUUUUCUUGUAUACAGCUCAUAUUCCUGCUAAAAUUUUUGGGACAUUGGAGUUUGGAGCUUUUUUGUUUGGACUUUGAAGAUGAAAUAGUUUUUUCAAGGCCACAGCAGAAAUAGAUCAAUCUUUGAGUUUAUAGAAGCACACCCAUGUCCUGAUUUUGUAAUUGAGAUGAUAUUUGUUUUAUUCAGUAAUAAAAUGUCUGUGCCUUUGUUAUU